AUGAGACCAAAGUCCGACUGCCGAGAGAUGCUUGAGAGGCCAUCUGGUCGGAAAAUUUGCUCAAGAGCGCCCGAUCCCAACCAUCAGGAUUCAGCCCUGAUUAGCGCCGGCACCGUGGCCAUUAUUAAACAGAGCCUCGAUUUCUGGAUCGCGCCCUACCGAUGCGACCAUCGAUCGUUGCUUCAAGCAACGGCCAGCAAGCAUGCCAUCGUCAUUGGCUUCCGUAGCCAGGUUGUGGCCCGUGUGGGCUGA